AUUUUUUUCUUAUCUAAAUUCCAUGAAACUGCCUUCACCGUGAUCGUAUUUCUUCUGCUUCCCUUUUUCUUACCCCUAUUAUCGUUUGGUCGCGCUUUCUUGGUUUGUCUUUCUGGAAUGGCGACCACCAUGCAACGGAAGGAUGAGUGCAGUACUGAUUGCCACACAAGCCCCAAUUGCAGGAAGCACUUUCUGUUUGAUUCAAACGCUACGCCACAAUCCAAUGCUUUUCCUUUCGGCAUUUCGGACGGAUUGAUUUAUCCCAUCAACAAUCCCACAAAUGCGACUGGUCCAUCAAAAUCCCCCCCUCUGCUUCAACUUGCAUCUGACGCUCCUGAUUCCAUAUCUAUCUGGUCUUCGGUAACCGGCUUGCACAGACAAAAGCCCGAAACAGGGUGGGGAGGAUCAACGACUAGGCCAGGGGGUCGACCAGCCCGCUCAGGGGUAGAACGAACGGAGCGUCCCAUUUCGCGUUUCACGCGAUCGCCCAUAUCAUAACAUCUUUCCGAAAGUCUGGAUUUGACGCCAUUGCUGAAGCACUCACGGACUCAAGAAGCUCGCAAGCGCGAUGUGAGUUCGGGUAUGGCGGCAUCGGAACUUGUUGAAGCCGCGAGGCUGAGGCUGGACGAACAAUAGGCGAUGAUUGAGGAGAAGGUCAGUCGGAAGGACCCGGCCAAUCUAGGAAAUCUAUCUACGUACUGCACAAUAGGCGGGACUGCUUGGCAGAGACGAGAGAGUGACCCACAGCGGCUGGACAGGCAAGAGUGUCAACAGAGCCUCAGUGAUUGCGAUAGGUCCGGCAGUGAGGUGGUGUUGAUAGGGCGAUUGAUGCACUCCGAUCGAUGGUAUGCAAGGCAUGGAGAUCAAACUUGUUGAUGGUGAGCAGCCCCGAGAUGUUUGGGACUCCUGAAAAUAGCAGAUCCCGAGGCUCUCGACAUCGUCAAACCUUCAAGUCUUGGCUGGUCGUGCACUCGCAACACGAGCCCAAAAUGGGCAUCCCGCCUUGCCUAAGUGAGACGACCAUCUGCGUCACGAGACUCCUGCUUGCCACUUCGAGUUUACGCUACCUCCAGAACUCCUCCGCGAGACGAGGCUAGGAGGGAGUCCCGUUGACGCAAGUUUAUUGCGCGCAAUUGAAGAUCUUAAGCCAAGACGCCAGCCACUAUUUCCCCAACAUACAUCGUCGUAUCCAUCCUUUGAUGGAUCAUACACGGUUCACGGCCCAAAUCUAGCCCGGCUUGGCUUGACAUGGUCUUUUGCGGCACGAAAACGCUUGUUUGGGUCGACACUUUGCUUGGUGGCUCAGUACUACCCGUUCAAUGCGACCCCUGGUGCCGACAAUGAUGCGCCAGGAAGCGCAUUCGGCAAGUCAAAUCGAUCAAAGCGGAUCUAUCGAAGUCGUUGCCAAAAACAAGGGAAAGGGCAAAUGUCACGUCUCUGAACUGGAAGUUUCUACAGAACGGCCUGUCCAAGUGAAGGUGAAACAUACCUAUAUUUGAAUCGGUCAGGUUUUCCCUAUCUCGUGUCUGAUCUGAGGAUUUACGGCAUAGAAGAUGGAGAAUGGUGGCUUUACCAGUUUUCGGUCCAAGAGGUUCUUCAACAAAUUCGGACGGACAGCGUGAUCAGAAUAAACCAACGACUUUGGUUGCAUUGCCCAAAAGAACCUCGAAGGAUGUAACCGAUGUUGAGUGGCAUCGGAAUUAGCAUUGGUCAUAAGAGGUUACCCAAGCCAAGCGGCAUUAACACAAGCGAAUCCGCCGAUGCCUCGAUGAUACACACAUCCCAAAUACCGCAGGCGAUGACACCGACUAUCAUCAAUAAUUAUUUACCCGCAGAAAUCAUUAUGUGUUGCAAGAUUGGCAGCUUGGAAGCUCUUCCCUGUCAGUUACGAUCAUGUUGUUCGUUCGCAAGAAGUGCCGGAAGUGGAAGUCCGACCCCAGAUAGCAUCUCCUGCCACCCAUUUUCCCCAACAUCGAUCUCCCGCAAUCCGAUCCGAUAACAAUUUGCAGGCACUAUUGUAGUCUCAAACGCCAUGUUUCGUGCGAGAAAUCAAGCGCCGAGCUACAGAGGACCCUGCGCAAGAUCAGACAUUGAAACUCGAAAGUCGGCCCCUUACGACCAGGGUGAGAAACGCCGGGGGACGGCAGUGCAUUGUAAACACCACAUGGCACCCUCGACGACGGCAUCGGUUUCACGCAAGAAAAAUGUAUAAAAACCGGCCUUGACUUCCUCUCUGCUGGAUUUAGCUUUUGGCAUCAUCAGCAUCAUCAGCAUCAGCAUCAUCAACACUUCAGCAGGCAGGUCCAGCCCUCUCAGUCACACUCCGGCUUUCUCUCCAAUCUUCCUUUCUCAACACUCUUAAUCCUCUCUCCUGCCGGUUCAGGUCAUAUAUAUUCACGACUUCUUUUGUGCUGUGCACCCGUCAGUUUUGACUUUUCCAACACAUAAUCGACAAUAGACAACCUUCAAGACACCGCAGACAACAUGGCAUCUCUCAAGUCCAUUCUCAUGAGCUUCUUCGCUCUUGCUCCCCUGGUCGCCGGUCACGGCGCUAUCAUCGCCGCAACAGGCGACGCCGGUGGUGCCGGUAUGGCCCUGGGCAUUGACCCCAGCACUCCCCGUACCGGAUCGAAACGCAACCCCUUCCAGGUGGACACCACUCGAUUCCGUGGUCAGGCGGCCAAGACGGUCGGCCAGACGAUCCAAGGUGGCGCCAACAAGGUUGAGGAGGGCACCCAAGCCAUCAUGGCCGCUACCAAGGAUUCGCUGCCCCAGGUGACGGCCGGUGGUACGGUCAAGAUGACGCUUCACCAGAUCAACCAGGACGGAGCUGGACCCUAUUCUUGCAUGAUCAACUCGGAUGGGCAGGCGACGGAGUGGACUGCGAUUAAGGUCGCGACGAAUGUCCCGGGUGUAUUCGGUCUCUCUAGGACUACCACGACUGACUUUCCUUUGGUCGCUUCCAUCCCUGCCGACCAAAAGUGCACCGGGACCGUCGCUGGUCAGAACAACGUGUGCUUGGUGCGGUGCCAGAACCCUAUCGCCUUCGGUGGUGUCGUGCCCGUCCAGAUGGCCGGCGGUGCUGGUGCUGGAACUGGUGGUGGCAACACCGACACCACUACUCCCGUCACCAACGCGACCAGCGCUACCAAGGCUAGCAAGCGCCCCCUUGCCAGGAGGUACUUUGCCAAGCGUUCCGACAUUGAGAAGGAUUCCGUGGAGGAUGUGGAGCAGUGGCAGCACUAGAAGGGCACUGCUUUCUCAGGUAGUGUUCUUGACGAUGCUACGACGGGUAUGAGCGAGAAGACAAUGGGCUGGAAAGUGAAGUGAGUAAUUACAAGCUGGGAUGUCAAUAUAAUGGAGUGCAGGAUAUUAUUAGGAAGUAGGGAUAGAGAGGCGGGAAAGCCGAGUGUGACUAGAAUAGAGACAGACCGUUGAACGGUUGGCGUGUAAACUUC